GUGAUGCCGGAGGAGCGCGGUGGCGAUGAUAUGGAAUGUGGGCAGCUGCCUUCGGACACGCUCCGACAGGUGACGGUCCAGCGCCACCCCCUCUACGGAUUCGGCUUUGUGGCUGGCAGCGAGAGGCCAGUGGUGGUGCGCUCGGUGGCAGCAGGCGGCCCCUCUGAGGAUAAACUCCUGCCAGGAGACCAGAUCUUGGCCAUCAACGAUGAGGAUGUGAGUGAAGCCCCCAGAGAGAGAUUCAUCGAGCUUGUCAGGAAGGCCAAGGACUUCAUCAUCCUCACGGUCCUGCACACCCACCAGUCUCCCAAAUCUGCUUUCAUCAGUGCAGCCAAGAAGGCGAAGCUGAGGUCCAACCCAGCCAAAGUCCGAUUUUCAGAGCAGGUGACAGUCGGUGAGACAGACCCAGACAUGUUGAAGAAAGAAGCUCUCCUCCUCAUUCCCAACGUGCUGAAGGUUUUCCUGGAGAACGGGCAGAUCAAAUCCUUCACGUUCGAUGGCCGAACCACUGUGAAGGACGUGAUGGUGACAUUGCAGGACCGCCUGUCGCUGAGACACAUCGAGCACUUUGCCCUGGUCCUGGAGUAUUCCAGCCCGGAGCAGAGCCACCGCUUCCUGCUGCUCCAGGACAAGCAGCCACUGGCCCACGUUGUGCAAAGAACACACUACCAUGGCAUGAGAUGCCUCUUCCGUGUGAGCUUCUUCCCCAAGGACCCAGUGGAGCUGCUGCGCCGGGACCCUGCAGCUUUCGAGUACCUGUACAUCCAGAGCCGCAACGAUGUGAUCAGAGAGCGCUUCGGCACAGACCCCAAGCCAGAGAUGCUGCUGGGGCUGGCUGCCCUCCACAUCUACAUCACCGUCUCAGCCACCCGCCCCAGCCAGAAGGUCUCCCUCAAGAAUGUGGAGAAGGAGUGGGGCCUGGAGCCCUUCCUGCCCCCCUCGCUCCUGCAGCUCAUCAAAGAGAAGAGCCUCCGGAAAUCCCUCUCGCAGCAGCUCAAAGCCCACCAGCACCAGCCUGGCGGCACCAAGGUCUCCACAGCCCAGGCAAAGCUGCAGUACCUGAGGAUCCUGAACGAGCUGCCGACCUUUGCUGGGGUUCUCUUCAACACAGUGGGACUGGAUGAGAAGCAGCCAGCCACCACCCUGCUGGUGGGACCCCGGCACGGCAUCAGCCACGUCAUUGACCUGAAGACCAACCUCACCACGGUGCUGUCAGAGUUCAGCAAGGUCAGCAAGAUCCAGCUGUUCAGGGAGAACCAGGGCGUGGCCCGUGUGGAGACGAGCAUCCUGGAUGCCAAGCCGCUGGUGCUGCUGAUGGAGUGGCCUGAGGCCACCAACUUCGCCUGCCUCAUCGCAGGCUACUGCCGUCUCCUGGUGGACUCCAAGAAGAUGAUCCUGUCCAGGGCCCCCAGCCAGCCGCCCCCACCUCAGAUUAUCAAGGCAGAUUACAUCAACGCACACAACUUGCACCGGCCUGCCACUGCAGGGCACGUGGGAAAGAAAGAGAAUGGGCUGGUGGGUGGCUCUGCCACUGUCACCGGAGCAGCCGGGGCUUCUGCCAGCAGGGCUUCGGACUCGGAGCUCAUCCGCUUCUGCUACCUGCACAUGCGAGAGCAGAGGAAGGAAAGACAGAGCGGGACGGAUAUCAAUGAAAACCUGAUUUUUUUUGAGGAAACUCGUCCCAGGACCAAAUCUGACCCCACUUCCAAAAGCUCUGGCCAAGGCUACAACGGGGCAGCUAAGGAGUACGACCCGGAUGGCCUUGAGCAAGACAGGCACGCAAGCAGGACCAGGGCACACACCAUAGACACCCACCUGCGCAGCGACGCCUCCCACUUCUACUGCGAGUCCUGCCAAGCCAAGAUCAAGAGCCGGCUGGCCUCGGGCACGGGGGGCAAGCCUGGCAGCACCCGUGACAACAUGGUGGACUUGAUGUCGCUUCCCCCUCCUGGGAAUGAUGAGGAAGAAGACGAGACAACGUCCCUGCUCCCCGCCAUCGCCGCCCCCCCUCCUGGCUUCCGAGACAACAGCUCCGACGAGGACGACCCCAAGCGCCGGGCAGCUGCCCAGAGCCAGGAGCAGGGCCGGCACCUCUGUGGCAUCCUCUACGACGAGAUCCCGGUCACUCUGAUCGACAACGUGCAGCCACGGACGGUCCGAGACCAUGCCCAAGAGCUGGAUGAUGCCCUGGUGUCCACCCUGCAGGCGCUGGAAGCCCUGGCUGCUUCAGAGGAUUGUCCACAUCCCCCACCACAGCAGACAGCAGGUCUUAUUGUCCUGGCUGCCAUCACUCCUGAGUCAUCUUUGGACUCUGGCCACGAAACAAACUCCUCAGAGCUGACCGAUGUCUCGGAGAUGGUCUCUGCUAUGAAGCAGCAUCAGAACGCAGCCUACUUCCUCACGCAACACAUCAACAAAGAAAACCUCCUGGCCAGGAAGGACUUGCCUUUCCGAAUCCAGAGCUGUGCUGCCCAGGCUGUUCUCGCCUCACCCUACCCCCUGAGCCGCCAGGACCCGAGCUCUUCACUGAAGCCAGCCUUCUCUGCCCAAAGUCCCAGCCUUACCAACUGCAAGAGCAAGCAGGAGCAGCAGCACGGGGAGCAGAGCUGCACCUCGGCUGCCCAGCCGGGCCUGACCCCCCAGCUUAGUGAGCAGAGCAAGGGGGCUUCCGUGCCAAGCUCCGAGGGCAAAGGUGCAGGUCACACAAAAGCUGCCUUUGAGGUAUCUCUGCAUGCCACAGCAGCCCCGAGCAGGGAGCAGGCACAGGAUCUACAAGAGAAGAAGCCCAAAGAGGUGCAGCCGAGCUCCAAGCUCCUCCUGGAUCAGAAAAGUUGUGUAACUCCAGCCAUCGUUUCAGCUGCUCUGCAGCAGGUGGCAAAUGCAAAAGCCUCAGCUCCCCAAGUGAUAUCAGCCUUAAAAGAAGACCAGAGCAUGAAUGGUACCAGCAGCUGUGCACCAGCCAGCAGCAAGCCUUUGACACUUAAAGGAGGUCCACAAACUGCAGAGAUGUUAUGCAACUGUCAGCAGCAGCAGCAGCAGCACUGUGAAGUUUCUUCAAGUCCUAAGGAAGCUCCUGGCAGUCAGGCUGAAGCUUUCCACCUCGACUCAGCUGGUGAGGAAAUGAUAUCCAGUAAGACUUUUGCCUCUAAAAGCUACCAGCAAAAAGUGAGCAGAGAUGCUCCAGGAAAAGCUGCAAGUGGAGAGACAGGUCAGAAGGCAGGUGGGGAAGCCACAAGCCUCAUCUUGCAGAAACACACAGCUCCUUCAAACCAAGGACAGAAAAUACAACAGGAAAGCUCGGCCAAAAUCUUAAAAGCUGAGAGCAGCAAUGUGCACUCUCCAUCACCUGGUAGCACUUUCAGGAGCACCAGUGAGGAAGCCAAAGGGCCCAUCCAGCUGAUGCCCAGAUCUGAGAGCUUGCAGACUAGCACUGUGCCUUCCAAAAAAGUAGAAAAAGUCCUGGAGGUAAGCCAACAAGAUGCUGAUGUCCCAGCUAAACCCAAAGCCCCAAAAGCUCACUUCAGGCUUAGGAACCUGUUCUCUGCAACAUUUCCCACCCGGCUGAAGAAGGAAACGGAUGAGCGGCAGGCCCAGCUGCAGAAGGUGAAGCAGUAUGAGCUGGAAUUCCUUGAAGAGCUGCUCAAGCCAAAGAGCAAAGGGGAUCUCCCUCCACAGGAGUACCUGCACCCACCUGCCCCUGGGCGCUGCAGCUGCCAGCUGAGGAGCAGUCCUGUGCAGAAAGUCCCAGGGAUGUCCAGGGAGCAAAGGCGUAGCUGUGACUGCAAGCGGAUUUGCAGGGGAAUGAGGCCACCCCCCAACCAGCUGGUGAUACCAGAACUGGAGAGGCGAAGCAGGGAUAAAGCGGCAGAUGACCAGAAGCAGGUAGAAGCCAUUAGGCUGACAAGCAUGAGCAGCCCUUCCAAAGGCAAACGGAUACGAUCCACAAGUUUAGAGUCCAGAGAGAACCGGUCAGAUCCAGAGAACGACAUGUCCUGUUUGACAACGUGCGCCUCCCGAGGGGAGUGCAUGGGUGCACCCCACUACAGGAAGCUCUUGCGUCGCUACAGUGUCAGUGAAAUAGAUAAGACUGAUAGGACAUCCUUGUCCUCUGAUGUCUACCAGAACAUCUACACAACCAAGCAGAAAGGCCCCCAGAAAGAGCCUGAGCCCACCAUCCUCUGUCCUGUUCUGAAGAGCAAAAUCCAGGAAGCCUCUGGAGUGGCUGACCCCUCCUACGUGCAGAUAGCGCAGGACAAAAAGAACCAGAAGGGUUCAGCAGUGUUCUCUGUCCAGGAGGAGAUGUAUCCAAGUCCUGCUGAGCUGCGGGAUGAAGACAUGGAGGAUGAGAAGUGCUGCUCCAUCCGGUACUGCUUCUACUACAGAAAAUGCGAUGUUGCAGACGAUGGGAGCGAGAAGGAUGAGCUGUCCUAUUCCAUCCCCAUGCAGAUACUCCCGGGAAUGAAGCUGGACAAUCAGAUGGUCCCAGUCAUGAGCAGAACUCUUCAGGUCCUAGAUGCAACAGCCUGCAGCAGUCCCAAUGAGAGCCAGACCCAGGAAAUAGAUUUAAGGACCUCCAGUUUUGAGGGGAGCUUGGCAAAGAUCAACACCCUUCGAGGCCAUGCCUACAGCUUUCCCAAUGGGUUUCUGCAGGUGCAGCUAGACACCAACGAGCUCCUGACCAUCCUGAGGCAGUGUGUGCUGAGCCCUGAGGUCCGGGACUGCAAACCCUACAUCUCCCAGCUGGCUGAGUACAAGCAGGAGCUGGCCCUCAAGUUCAAGGAGUUCCGGGCGUCCUGCCGCCGCGUGGCUGCCGUCGACAAGAGUCCCACCCACAUGCUCUCCGCCAUCACGAGCAGCUUCCAGGUGCUAAGCAGCCUCAUUGAGACCUUUGUGAGGCUGGUGUACGUUGUGCGCUCGGAGUCCCAGCGCCAAGAGCUGCUGACGAAGGUGGAGGAGGUGGUGAGAAACUACACCUUCCUCCUGAAGGCUGCCGAGGAGUCCACGGCCAGAACGCUGAGCCACCAGCAGACUGUGGAGCAGCUCGCCCGCCAGUCAGCCACGGUCGCCACGGUCAUGAGCACUCUGACACGCUCCCUAAAGACGUUGAUCAAUAAGUAA